UCCUUUGGACAACGUCCGGUGUUCGCGCGGUCUCCAUUUUGUGUUCGUUUUCAAGGAAACUGCGUCACUUUAUAAACUCACAAACGGUUCGUUAAAGGCUGAGUAAAUAUUUUGGACUGUACAAUGGCUGACCCUUCGGUAGAUGUGGAGGUUCCUGAGGGCGGAGAGGUUCGCAAAAUGUCGGAGCUGAGAGUGAUCGAUCUGAAGGCCGAGCUGAAGAAACGAAACCUGGACACGGCGGGCGUUAAGAGCGUGCUGGUGGAGCGGCUGAAAAAGGCAAUCGAGGAAGAGGGUGGAAAUCCUGAAGAGAUCGUCAUCAAUCAGGAGGCCACUCCAAAGAAAGCUACGCCGAAACGGGCUGCUAAAGAUACCAAACAAGGGUCUGAUGAACCAGAGGACAGCACUAUGGAGGAGGAUUCCCAUGAUGGGCAUGAUGAGCUUCUGGAUGAUCAGGAGAACAUGCAAGACAUGGAUAUCCUUGAAAUGAAUAUUCUGGAUGAUACAGAGAAUGACAAUGGGAUACAUGCUGGAAAUGAUGAAGCGGAAGAUCUUGAUGAAUACGAGGGUGUGAUGGAUGAAGAUAAUCGGUCAGAAAAUGAAUCAAGAGGACCUGAGGAUCAAGAUGCGGAGGAAGUAAACAAAGAAACAGAAAAUGACAAAGUAGCUGGGUCUUGUUUAUCUGAGCCGCAUAAAGAAGAUCACCAGAGCCAGGAGACGAGCCCUGAAGAACAACAAGCUGCCACUCCUGGAGGAGAAGACAGUGGUGCCAAACCGGACCAGGCCGCUUCAGGAGAUAUGGAGGCUGACACCAAAGAGGUUGAGGACUCGGAAAAUGCCCCAGAAGAGACAAUUGACACUGAAAACAAAAGCUUACAGGCUGUUAGUGAAAAAGAACAGGGUGAAACUGUUGAUUCAGAAAUGGGGUCUAAGGGUGAGGAGGAUGAGAAGACAGAAGAGAAAGCUGCUGCCGAUUCAACUGCGACAGUGAAAGAUUCCUCUUCUGUUGAGGGCGAUGGUCAAAUCAAGAGCUCUGAGGAAAAAGAUAAGACUGAGUCAAAAGAUGAAAAAGCUGGAAGUGGUGCUGCAGCGAGCAGUAGCAAUAAUCUCUGGGUCAGUGGUCUUUCUUCCACAACAAGAGCGACUGAUCUAAAGACCCUAUUCAGCAAAUACGGCAAGGUUGUUGGUGCAAAGGUGGUAACCAAUGCUAAGAGCCCUGGGGCUCGCUGCUAUGGCUUUGUCAGCAUGUUGACCACCGAGGAGGCCACUAAGUGUAUCAGCUCCCUUCACAGGACUGAGCUUCAUGGCAGGAUGAUCUCUGUAGAGCGGGCCAAGAAAGAACCUGCAGGGAAGAAGCCAGCAGAUAAGAAUGACUCCAAGAAGUCGGGUGAACGGAAGCAUUCCUCUGACUCAAAGUCUGAAGACAAGGAUGACAAGUCUGAAGGGGAAGGAAAGGAUGGCAAAGGGCAAAAUGAGAGGACUGUGGUUAUGGACAAGUCCAAGGGAGAGCCAGUCAUCAGCGUCAAAACCAAAAGCAAGGAACGAAGCAGCAGGAGUCGGGAUCGCAAGUCAUCCAGUAAGGAGAGGAAGGACAUCCUAUCAUUUGACCAGAUCAAAGAACAAAGAGAGAGGGAGAGACAAAGACAACGUGAGAGAGAGCUCAGAGAGGCGGAGAGACGUAGACACACUGACCGUGAUUACCGUACAGACCGUGAAAGGGAGCGCAUCCGUUUGUUCCGUGAGACUGAGGAAAGGAAGCACUUACUGAGGAAGAGGGAGUGGCUGGAGGUUGAGAGGGAGCGCCUUAAUGCUGACCGCAUGGAGCGUCAAUACCUAGAACGGGAGAGACUACGGGUGGAGUAUGAGCGGCGACGAGAGCAGGAGAGGAUCCUCAGGGAGCGUGAAGAGUUACGACGUCAGCAAGAACAGCUGCGCUUUGAACAGGAACGCCGCAAUAUGAAGAGGCCUUAUGACAUGGAUGGACGGAAAGAUGAUUGGCCCGAUAAGCGUAUGGCCAUGGAUGAUCGUUAUGGUCGUCAGGAUCGUUAUCAAGACUUUGAACACAGGGACAGGGGCCGCUACCAAGACGACGUGAUGAUGGACAGACGUGACAACGCCCGUGGGGAUGGUCAGCAUUUUUCAGAGCGACAUGGCAGAGAUUCCUGGGGUGGAGGCUACGAUAAGCGUGUCAACCCCAGGGAAGGCGGUCGAGACUGGGACUCGGGGCGCAAGAUGGAUGGCAACAGACCAUGGCAAAAUAGGGACGGAGCCAUCCCAGGCCAGAGCCACAUGGCACGAGGAGGAAUGGCUGGGUAAGCAUUCACCGUGGAGGUUAUAUGAACACAGGAACCUCUCAGUCCCUGUCUGGGGCUCUGAACAGACAGAACCAGCUGAUGCAGGGCGGAGCCUUCGGACGACGCUACUGAUUUUUUGGGGGGGGGGGGGGGGGGAUGGAGAAAACACUGGGACUGGAGGUCACAUCUGAGUGCAUGACAGUCUAUUUUUUGUUUUUACUUUUUUAGAUCAGGAAUUUUGUUUUCCCUCUUUCUUGAACUGAAACCUGUUUUCUUUUUUUUUGUCCCUGCUCCCCAUGGUCUGUGGUUUGUAUUGUGGUUAUCUUCAGCACUGCCGACUUCAUGGACAACACGACUGCUUACUGUAUCAUACGUGGUGGCGGUUGGCGCGCAUCUCAUGACAGCGGUGUUGUAACUUCCAUCUUUUAAACCCUCGCUGGAGUUGUUGGCAGGAGCCUCACUCCUCUUCUGGCUGUAUCCCGCUUUGUGUCAGAUUCCUCACAUUCAGCAGAGCAGCAGCUGUAUCUUCUGUUCGGUGAAUUUGUUCAGAUGUUAGUGGUCCUUUCUGACGAUGGUCCCGCUUGUAAAAUUAUUGCAAAACAAAAGCUUUUAAAAUUUCAUUCUGAUUAUUAGUUGCUUGUUAGAUUUUUAUAUUAGUUUGUUUUUGUAUGUGUAUACUUGAUUUAUGUGAUUGUUGAAUAAUGGUAAUAAAUACAACCACAGCAUGUCUGGUUA